AUGCCACCUGCUUCCUCCACGCCCACUGGUCGCCCAGUCCAGACUGCCCGAUAUCCAAAUACCAUCUGGUCGCCAAUCACCGAAGAUGCCUUCCGUCACCACCUGGUCACCCUGGCGAAGCAGACCAAUGCCGUGCCGAUGGAUGUCCUGACAGCCGCAGACAUUGACCACCACAACUCGAGUCUCUUUCUGCCGCUGGCAACAGAGAAGAAAGUGGCCGAUGAUCUUGCUUACAUUGCCGCCGUCACCGAAGGGGCCCAGAGCGUCGCCGCCGUCUGCCUCGAACAGCACAUUGGCAACCCCAUCGUGCCGGAUCAUCCCACCUUGGCCAUCCGUGUAGCAGGCAUGGACGUCAUCAAUGAGGAUGUGAAACGCAUGCUUCAAGCCACUGUAGCUGAGCUCCAGUCUCAUGCUCAGCCUAUGACGCUAGAACGACAAAACAGCACCGAGACCAUCUUCCGCUUAAUCGUUCAACAACAUGAGCAGAAGCUCCUCGGUCGUCUUCGCUCAAAGAAGUGGACAAAGCCCAAGCAUCUGGCCCGAACACACAAGAAGCCUCUAUGGCAAGACUUUGACAAUCUCCUGCACCGAGCGCAGCACAUCUAUCCGAGGAAGUCCGAGCGCAAAACCCGGGAAGCAAUCGCCACAUCUGUGCAGGAAAUCCGUAAACUUUAUGAGAGCUUUGAGACUUCCAACACCCCAACUCCACAGGCACUCGAGGAGCUCGUGAAAACAACAUUUUCUUGGUGCAAGGCGCCACUGCUAGGCGAUUACGCAUCCAAGCUCGAGUCCGCAGGUGAUACUCGCCAGGUUGCCGCAGCAAUCAAGACACUACGACAACUCGAAAAGAUAGGCGCUUACUGGAGGAUUGCCCAGGACCUCGUGACAGUGGCCAGUCGAUAUCCGCACGUCUUCCGAAACAUCGCCGUCGAAUACAUCUCCCCAUACGCGAGCGUCCCUACCAGCAUAGCAUACGAAUCGUGGGCCCAUACAUGCCACGUCCACGCUGAAAUCCAACUGCUCGUGGAGCUUGCGAAGAGCGCCUCAGAAGAUGAACAGGUUGAUGCUGCGUCUGCGGUGGUCCGACCGCGGACAAUCGGCACGAGCAAGUACCUCUGCUACCUGUGCUACCUGUUCCUGCGAUACCACGGCGGGUUCCAGAUGCUCAGCACGCACGGGCGGCUAUACGACCAAUGGACCGUCCCAGAUCUGGCCGAGUACGACGCAGCCACGAGGCGCAAGUUUGCGAGCGUGCUGGAACACAUGGACGAGCAUGUUUUGCAGCAGAUUCAAGAGACGGAGGCCGUUGUGUGGCGCGCGGAGCCGAUGACGAGUCGCCAGAAUCUGCUUUUGGGACCUGGUGCAGACGGCCUGCGGGAGGGCCGUGAUGUCGGCUUGGACGCGGACGCUUUGGAGGUCGGCGUUGACGGGCUGGGGUUGUCCUGA